GAUCAGCUCCAGCAUCACGACUUCACCAAAUUCAACUUGAUAAAGCCCCGACUUCUGGAGGCAGUCGACAAGAUGCUGGCCGAGGACAUUGCCCGCCUGAUGGCCAUGAUCCCAGUAGAGGAAGCCACGAGUAACAAGGAAGCCGCCAUUAUCCGAGGAGGCGCAUUUGAUGGUGUCAUGAACGACAACACAGUCUUCGGCUACAAGAGAGGAGAGGGCAUUGACGCAGGCUCAGGGGAACCGGAAUGGAUCGUGGCCAAGGACCGGUACAAGUACGACCAGCUCUUCGACAGCCUCAACCCCAUCGAUGGCAAGAUCACUGGAUCAGCUGCUAAGAGUGAGAUGGUGAAGUCGAAGCUACCCAACUCAGUCCUCGGGAAGGUGUGGAAGCUCUCCGACAUCGACAAGGACGGCAUGCUCGACGCAGACGAGUUUGCGCUGGCCAUGCACCUCAUCAACAUUAAGCUCGACGACCACGACCUUCCGAGUGACCUCCCCGACCACCUUGUGCCUCCCAGCAAGAGAGGAUUUAAAGCAUAGAAUAAUUAAACUUGUGUGUAGAGUCUUAAGGAAUGGAUAAAGGUGUGUUUUUCUUUUUAUGAAAUACAGAGUACAGGCGUGCAGAAAGUUAGAUUCAGAUUGGUAGCUCUCCUCUUUUUUUUUUUUUCUUUUUUUUUUUGAUAUACGGAUUGGUUUACCAAAUGGAAAGUAAAAGAAAAAGAAAAAAAAAAGGAACCUGGUGGCAGAGAGCUAGCUCUAUUUUAAAUUUGAAAUUUACAAGAUAGUACCUUUCAUGUGUUUCCUUUUUAAUGAUUGGAUAGUGAUUAGUUAUAUUCAGAAAUGAUUUCCUCUGUGGGGACAUGUCAGAAGGUAACUGUGAAAAGUAGAUGUAAAAGAAGAUUUUAUGAAAGGCUCUUGCAGAUAAGUGUCAAAGCUGAUUGGCAUAGAGUCAAAUUUUUCUGCCUUUUAUAUGAUAUAUUAUCCCAGUGAUGUACAGUAGAUAUGUUUAGUAGGUCUAGUUUGGCCCACUGAUCACAUGCUGUAAUGUGAGAGAUCCCCAACAUAUACAUUUGCAAGAAGGAAGGAAAGCCUAAAACUUUGCUAGUAAUAUUUUCUUUCCUUCGAUCGUGGAACCAAACUUCACCUCCAUAAAAUGCACUCAAGGUCACUUUUGCAGUAAUCAUCUUUGUAAGACAAGGGCAAUAUUUCAUAAAAUAAUAAUAAAAACAAAAAUAAUUAUUUUCUGAAUAUACCUCACUAGUGCUGUCUUUGCAGGAUAAACCAAAAAGUCUAACUAAUGUGUGCAAGUUAAUUUUGCAUUUGUCAUCGGGAAAUCAUAAUUCUGGUGUACAUGAUCCUGGAAGGCGAGUUGAAUUGUUAGAAUCACGUUAUUUGUAGCAAAGAUGAUUACUGCAACGCUGGCCGGACCCUGGGUAUGCUAGUAUUCACGCAAGUGCCGGGAUUAUUUUCCUAUGUGCAUGUAUGUUUUACUCUGCUUAUCACUGUGUUGAUGAAAUACCUAUAUUUUUUUGAUUUAGUCAUGAAUCUUGAAUACUAUUAUUAUUAUUGUUUUUUCACUUUGAAUGACCUUUGCAAGGCUUUUAAAGAAGGUGCUAGAUCAUUUCUAUAGCUGCAUAGGCUUGGCUGACAAAAAAAAAAGAGAAGUUAUAUUGCCACAGUGACUGUCAGGAGAAUUCCGUCAUUCCAUCAUUUGUAUAUAGUUUGAGUUCUGCACUAGACCAAGUAUUGUUGAUUUGGUGUACAUCUGUGGUUGGUGUCAUAAGUACAGGCAGCCAAACUGCUGAUAAUAUGAGAGAAAAACUCAAGGAAGAAGUAAUAUAUGACAUUUAUUUUAUAAAUGAAGUUCUGAAUUGUUUGCGUACUGUUGAAAAAUAGGUUCUACUUAUUUUGCAUUCUCAUUUUUUUUUUUUUUUCUUUUCCACUAUCUAUGGCCUUUUGGUGGAUGUUAGAUAAUUGUAUGAAUAGAGAGGGUAUAAAAGUUCAUCAGGAAAUUAGAUUUUUUACACAGUAAGUUAAGAUUUUUUUCUUAAAGUUGUUCCCUCAUGGAACAAGGCAGUGUUUUUGUAUUGAGUGUUGUCAUUUCAUUGCAAAUAAUGUCACGUCAGUACUUAUGUCUGGAUUGUACAUUGCAUGACAUUUUUUUCAUACUGUAUUUUUAUGAAGUUAAGUGCUAGAUUAGAAAAGUUUUUUUUAGUGAGUUUUGGAAUUGAUAUCAAUCUUGAGACAGAUGUUUUUGAGUUACAUCAAAUUGAAAACAAGGCUUUUUCCCCCCCCUGCAACAUCUUUCUUCCUCUUUCUGUUUUAAGCUAAAUGCUGCACCCUUUUGUACCCUUGUAACAGAAUGGAAAACAAACCUACAUUAUCCUUAGGCUAAGAUUUUUUUUUCUCCAUUUUUCUUUUUUUUUUUUUCUCCCAAUUGUAGAUUUGUUGUAAAUAAGGAUUCUAUCACAUAUUUCAGUUUAUAUUUUACCAAACACUAGAAAGGAAAAUAUUCAACCACAAUGUUGCCAAUUCUUCAGGAAACCAAAGAGAAUCUGCUCCAUUUAUGCCUGUAAACUCUGAACCUUCAAAAUAUUUUAUUAUUUGUUGAUGUAACCUGCUGAAUGAAGAAAAAAGUUUAUAACUUCUGUAAGUAUAUUACUUUAUACAUAAAUUAUGCAAUGUU